GGUUAGUGCUCCGGCACCUGCACGACCGGAAGAAAUACAAUGGUGAAUCGGCAUGCCUAAUUUGAUGACAUUUCAAAACUUAUACACGUGUAAAACUUGUGUAUAUAACUAUUAAACACGAUGAGCUCUCAGAAAGGUAACGUAUGUCGGUCGCGCGGACAGAAGCACCAAAACGUCACUGCCUUCAAAAACGACAAGUACGGAGCGACUGUGCAAGUGAAGAAAGCAAAAUCAAAGAUCCAUGAUGGGCUCUGCCAACACUGUAAGGAUGUUCUGGAGUGGAAAGUCAAGUACAACAAAUACAAGCCAUUAACACAACCCCGAAAAUGUGUGAAGUGUUCUCAAAAGACUGUAAAGGAUGCAUAUCACGUCAUUUGUAAGCCAUGCUCCCUUCAGCUGGAGCUUUGUGCCAAGUGUGGGAAGAAAGAGGACAUCGUCAUUCCGAUAAACUCUCAAAAAGAUGACAAUAAAGAGGAAGAAGAAGACGACAAUCAGAAGAAGAAAGGAUGUAAACUAAGGAAGAAGGAUUUGGAUGACUUGGACAGUGACAGUGAUGGUGAUGACUUUGAUUUUGGAGAUGAUGAUGAUGAUGAUGAUGAUGGUGAUGAUGGCGACGAUUAACACCAUUAACAUUUGACAGUGACUGAGGACGUAGGAAGACACAGAGUGAGGCUGCUAUGCUCCCUGACAUGCCCCAUGUUGGCAUGAAAGACUAAAGACAGCGGACGGCCGCCAUUUAUCCCGAUGAUGUAAAUGUUGAAUGUAAAUGUUUCAAUGACACAUCAGAACAUUUACAUUGCAGAUAUUUUGAACAUCAGUUUGUUCUGGCCAUCAUGACAAAUACAAAUGCCAAAUAAUAAUUUUUAUGUAUUGGUAA